CCACACACGGCGCGCGCAUCUCCUAGCCCCUCCCAUUUCUGGAGGCGCGGUUAGGCUGUACGUCAUUACAAGCGCGACGGGAAGCGGGCGACGUCAUUGGCGCGCGACGCUGGUGCCGUCAGAAGGAAUAAGGACACCCAAGCAUAUGGUUUACAACAAUUACUCUAAGUUGAAUUCAACAUGAACCGGUUACAGCAAGAAUAUGAUGCCUAUGCAAUUGAAGAACCCAGUGAUGAGGAACGUGGGAUGAGCAGUUCUGAAGACGAAUUAGAUGUUCUUUUACAUGGGACCCCUGAGCAGAAACGGAAGUUGAUUCGUGAAUGUCUUACCGGUGAAAGUGAGUCUUCUAGUGAGGAUGAGUUUGAAAAGGAGAUGGAGAAGGAGCUAAGCUCUACAAUGAAAACAAUGGAGGGGACAUGGCAGGGUCUUGGCCCAGAUGGCUCUACAAGCACUGCCACUACGUCAGGAGAAGCCAGCCAGCAGCAGCAGUAUUAUGAUGAAGUUUACUUUGACUCUGACUCUGAGGAGGAAGGGGAUGAAAAUGGAAAGAAAAAAAAUCGUAGACAAAAGCAUAAAGUACUGACUAAUGAUGACUUGCUAUAUGACCCAAAUGAGGAUGACCGCCAUCAGGAAUGGGUAGAUUCCAAAAGGAGAGGUUACAGAAAUAUAAGAAAACAAAGGCAAUCGCAAACUCAUCCAACCAAACUUAAACCCCCUCCCCACAGUGAUGCCAUUUUAAACUGUCCAGCCUGCAUGACUACACUUUGUUUGGAUUGCCAAAGGCAUGAAUCCUAUAGAACUCAAUACAGAGCCAUGUUUGUCAUGAAUUGCACAGUCAACAAGGAAGAGGUUUUAAAAUUUCCUGAACAACCCAUGAAGAACAGACGGGCAAAAAAGAAGCUGAAGACUCCCUCUGCAGACUCAGCAAUGGAAACUCAAAGUACAGCCGUGGACUUGUACCAUCCGGUGAAAUGCAAUGAGUGCUCCACAGAGGUUGCGGUUUAUGACAAAGACGAAGUGUACCAUUUCUUUAAUGUAUUAGCCAGCCACAGCUAGGAACCUUGACCUCCUCUGUGAUGCUGCACGUCACGUUUUAUAUAAUAUUAUAAUUUUUUUUUUUAUCGAUUUGCAUUUUUAACAGUGAAUUUUUUUUUUAGAUGGCCAUAUUCCCCCCCCAAAGACUUUAAGAAAAAUGGCUAAAAGGGAAAUGGCAUAUUUUUCUCUUUUUGGAAAUCCUUCCAGAGACUCAAAGCCCCAAUACCCAUUGAUUAUCUGUAGUAUUUCAAGAUGGUUUCUGUAUUAAGACAUGUAAAUAAUGUGUACAAUACUUUUUUCACAAUUAUUAGUUUGUGCUUGAAAUCCAAAUAUUAUUUAGUUGUGUUUUUUUUUU